AUGGCACGCGUGUUGCGUUGCCAGCGAGGUGCAGACUUCCCCCAUUGGUGGGCGCACGAUCUGCCCCACAUCAAAAGCCAGCACAAGCCUCAAAACGGGCCACCCUCCCUCGCACUCCAUAUCCACCACGUCCCUCCAGCCAGCACGUCGCAGCGCCGCACUGACCCCCGCCGCCUGUUCACCCGCGUCAUCAGCCCCCCGGCGCCCGCCAGCAUGUCCGCGCUCGCCCGCCCGCUCGCCCGGCCCCCGCCCGUCUUCACCGCCGCGCCCGUCCCGUCCCCCACCAGCGCCGCAGAGUGGAAGCACGAGCCCUCGACCCUCGCCGUCCUCUUCGGCCUCCGCCUCCCCUACCGCCCCCCGCGCUCCCCCGCCGCCGCCUUCCUCUGGCGCCGCCGCCUCUGGUUCGAGACCACCUUUGCCCUCUCCAUGAUCCAGCCCUGGGAGAAGGUCCUCGUCCUCCUCAUCUCCUACGCCACCCUCCUCUUCGUCCUCCUCGCAGCGUACGCCUACCUCCCCGCCCACCUCACCUACCUCCGCGCCCGCGCCGCCUACUACCUCCUCGGCGCCGAGCCCGACCCCCGCCUCGCCUCCGCCUGGGGCGCCGUCGCCGGCUUCGUCGCCGACUGGAACGCCAGCGUCGCCCCCGCAGCCGUCAGCGAGCUAUAG